CUAGAAUCAUAAGCGCAAGUUAUGGAGUAUCUUGCGAACACUCCGACUCCGAACGAGCGAGGGUGGCGGGGGGAACAGACACGCUCGUUUCAAGAUAGAGAGGUUGAACUGAUACUGUAGCUUGCAUGAUUGGCAUUCAACGAGUCGGUACGUGGCCUCUCAAGCCUCUUUGCCUCUCAUCGCAGCAGCUUUAGGGACCAAACAAUCCAGGGGAGAAGGGGGGAAAAAGGACUUUUGACUAUCCAAAGUCCUUGACGGAGUCUCAAACGGCCUAUCACUCAGGAGCUGGCUUCGCAGCCCGAGGUUCCCUGACUUUCUCACAUCUGACAAGAGGACACAUGCCAUGAAAACUAUUGAUGUUGGACCAAGUGAUAAAUUUGAACCGGCGACUAAAACGCCUCGGGAGCUUCGUAAUGGAGGCUUGAGGGGGAGCAAGGUAUCCAAAGCUUCAUCCUGGAGCUUAGUUAUGAUUACUCCGUACGGAAUACGGAAUACGGAGCAACUACGGAGUACCUUUGUUACAAUCGACCUCCAAAGAUUUUUCAAACCCGUCUCCUCUGGUACAAAAUGUGGCUAUCAGCUCUGGUUUCAGUGGCUUUGGGCUGGGUUGUUACUUGAUUUGCUCGUUUCGCAAAGGUUCGACAUGUGCCCAAGAAAGGAGGAUACUCCUCCAUGCUCCGCCCCAGACACCCAAUUCCAAGGGAUAGCUACAGGGAUAGUACCUCACAGUUUCAUUGUGCCGUCGAUGCCGUACGGAGAGGGCCACGCCAAAUACGUGGCAAUACCUGAAUACGCCUGUGGUACGAGAGUCGUUACUCCGUACCUUGGGUUUGGAUUUGACCUCGGGAGACUGGCGAAAAAAAAGAUUCCACCAGAAAUUCCGCAAGGCCACCCUAGAGUACCUGACCGGGGUUUGCCAUGUAUCGAGCCGUCUAAGAUUCGGAGAACGAUCUGCAUAAUUUGGUGUUUGAGGCGGCGAAAUCCAAUGCUGAGCAAUCAUCGGCAGCGCCUCGAGAAACCAACGUGCCGUGUUUGACCAUCGACAAACAAAGAAACCUGGGGUAAGCGACGAGACCCAAGCUUACGCGCUUCUCGAAGUCUGCUUUCACACCAGAACAAGGAUUGCAGGAGGCAGGUGCCGAUGAUCGAGGAUCGUUUGCUCAAUUAGAAGCUUCUGGAGCGAUUUGGGUUCUGUCGCAUCGUUGCCGGGCCAGGCCGACCCGACCCGCAGACGGGAUCAACAUGAAAUUUCCCCUGAGCGAACUAAAAUUUCCAAAGAUAUUUCCAGGAUCAGAUGGAAAAAAAGACAAUCGAAGAGCAAAAACAAGGGGGAAAAAGGAAUAGGAAAGGAAAGAAAAGAAAAGAGCUCACAUGGUGAAACAGUGAUAACCCUGUCGCCACGUUUACUAGUGCUAGCCCUGCCAAUGCAACAUUACACGGGGUGCAGAUUCAGCUCGCGGCUCGGGGCGUCGUGCUUAACCGUUUGUAGUCUUCGC